AAUGAGUGUAUGCUGUGGUCAAGGAAGAUGGAUCAGAGGAGACUGAGUGUAUGUGGUCAAGUUCAGUCUGUUCUGAUCUGUUACUGAAAUGCACUCACUGCUUCACUCAUAAUGCACCAAAGUCAAUACUGCCAAUAAAUACUUCCUUCGGUGCAACACAAACAACCCAACAUCAAUAGCCACCCGCAUCCUUACCCCAGCCCAUGCUCGUCGCACCAGAGGUCGUCUAUGUCGGCUUCAGUCGCAUCGCAGGCACCUCCCACCAUGCAGACUACCAGGAGAAAAUAAAACACUCAGAGUCGCAGGAGAUCCACGUCGCUGUCACCGUCGCCAUCCCGGACCAGCCGCCCUUCGAGUUCGCCACCCCCAUACACAAGCAGGCAGACCUGCAGACCCUUGCCCGUGUCAUCGAGGCAAAUCUCGCCGAGCGAAACUUGGUCGUGGCCUGUCUCAUCGACCAAGAGAGCAGUAAUGUCCUUCGCUGGGCAGAUAUCGUCGGCGACGUCCUCGACAGCGACUCGCGCGUCUAUGUUCUGCCCAUGACUGAAGAGACCAUUGAAGAGACGCUUGCCUUGGGGCGCAGGCCAAGCUCACCCACCAACUUCAUCCACUCGCCCACGCAGAUGGAGUUUAUCCAGAUACGGCGGCCGCCAUCCGUCAUGUCUGCGUCAUCAAGCGGGCGCACUGCGGCGCGUAAUCGAGUCAGUCUACUCCAGAUGCAUCAUGAGCGUGGUGGCUCGUCAUCGCCGACACUGCCGGCUUCGGGCGACCCGACUUCCUCUGCCUACAGACUCGCAACACUCAGCAGUAACGCCAUUUCUUUGCUUGCCUUCUUGCGCUUCUGCCGGCAGAAGAGGACACUGCUUGAAGUGCUUUUUUGGCUUGAUACAAGUAUCCACUACACAGAAGAUUAUGUUGAGCGGCUCUACAUGUCGUCGAAUGCUCCUCUCAAGCUCAAUCUACCGCGUGAAGUAUCUGGCAUCACGGAAGCGCGGCAACUCCUCAAGGAUGGGCUGUUGGCUUGGUCACUCGAUACCUUUGAGACGUCCAGUGAGAAUGCUCGUGUCAAGCAGAUUCAGCAUGCCCGGCCACACGUCUACAAAAAGGCAGAACUUCUGUUUAUGGGGCAGUCUGCUGAGCGCGAACAAUUCCUGGCGCUCUUGACGCAAGCACUCGAUCCAGAGGACACAACGAUUCUGUCUCUACGCGAGCGUUCCGAGGUGGCUACCAAAGCAGCCAUCCUCGGGCAAGUCUGCGAUCAAUACUUUCCAGGGCAAAUACCAACAAAGCAGUACUUUGCGCCUGUGCCAGUACAGCAGCUCACCAGGCCAGAACGUCUCAGACAAGCCAAACGCAAUGCCCUGUACGGCGAGCUGCUCAAGACUUCGCCACUACUGCCUUCCCAAACGAAUGAACAAGCGCGACUCGAACAGAUUGCAGAUGAGGCGCUUAGUGCUGCUCGACUUGCAGAUCCAGUAGAGGAUGAGGUCGAAGUCGAUGCAGACGAGGAGACACUGGAGGAAGUCUCCACUAGCGGCGACCGCCCAGAAAAUGUCAAGAACACUGGCGAUCGCGCGAAAAAGCUGUCCAGCUUGCUCGGUCACGAUGUUGUGGUCAAUGAUCCCUUAAGUGCGCAGUCUUCUCCUAUUUCCUCAUCCUUUUCACCUAUUGCUCGGACGGCGCCGGAUCAAGAAACUUUGCUUGGAAAGCUCAAGAGGCGUAAGGAAGUGCGCUCCGUGUCGACGCGCACCGUCCCGCUUGACUUUGAAUCUUCAGCGCUCGAUCAAACCAAAGUCUUUCGGCAACCUGUUUCGCGCAAGCCAUCCAUUGUCAGUCUGCGCCCGCCAUCGCCCACCCUAUCAAUUGGCUCUCGCUUCUCGCAAACCACAACGGGCAGCUUCCUGUCGCGCCAAGAGUCUGAUGCCGAUGCCGCGCGCAGAUCACAGCAGCGCCGUGCAGCAAAGUUGUAUGCCAUGUUUGGCGAAAACGCUUCUGGCGCGAGCGUCCCGCACUUUCAACGCCGCGCGAUGGGCCCGCCUGAUGUACGCACUUCAUUCGAUCAGCGGCGAGAGAGACCGCGCUCAAACUCACGCUUCUCUUUGCUGCCUGAUCGCUCCUCAUCACGCGCUUCUGCCUACACGCCUGAUCGAGGUGAGAAGCGCAGCGGUUUUAUGCGCAGCAUUUUUAGCCAUCCCAAUGGAUCCAGCACAAGCAUCAAAAGCCACACAGGGUCCGUCGAGAGCUUUGGCAUGGCGCUGCACCCGACACGCAGUCGAUCAGGCUCGGUUGUGAGUCACAUGAGCCGGAUGCCGAUGGCCUCUGGACUCGGCGACACGGGCCACAUCUCUGAGGACGAGGACGAGGAUGAGGAUGAUGAAGAGGGCGAGGCGAUUGUCAAUGAUGUGCGAACCAAUAUGAAGCUACGCCAGCUGCUUGGCAAUGAUGCGCCGACCUCGACCAUGAUGUAGGCUUGUAAAGUAUGCUUGUACUCUAGCAAUCUCUUAAUACCUCCUAACAUAGAA